AUGGCUUCUAAUAAGGAGGCCACUGACUCCGGCGCGGGCGACUCAAAGUUCACCGCUGUUGAUAUCAAGUUCUGUACCAUAAUGUUCAAGCACCUUCCCCGCCAGCUGGAGCUGGAUUGGGACGCUUUCGCUAAAGAGAUGAAGCUUAAAAACACCAAUGUCGCCAAGGUCCGCGUUCGUCAGAUACGCAAAAAGCUAGGCCUGGACGGCGUUAGCGCCGGUCAGAAUGCGAGCCCCGCCAAGCCCAAGCCCAACAAUGCGAACACCAAGGUGUCGAAGUCGGGUAAAUCGUCCAAGGCGAAGAAGGCGACGAACGCCGUCGAAGAGGCCGCUGAUGCUAUCAACAAUGAGGACAUGGAUGCCGAUGAUCAGGAUGGCGAGGUCUGA